GAAGGAAAGUACACUGACGUCAGUUUAUCAGUCUAUUUUUAGAAUAUUUCUUGAGCAAACGAACACACUUUAAAGUCAUUAACAGACGUUGUUGACAUGAAACAAGACUGUCAAUGAUCUGCAUGUGGUUGUAUCAUGUACUGUAGGUAAAUAUUGUAAGAAUAAGACUGAGUUAACAUAAUUCACGCAACAAAUGUAAAAGAAUAGAAAUGGCUUCUGAAGGACAACAGACAAGAUAUUCAGUAAAUCUUAAUGUUCCUCAAAUGCCCAGAAACUUUAAUAUGGCGCACAUGGCACAGGGCCUACUACCAAAUUUGCCAUCACAAUUUACUAGACCAGUACGCCCAGUUUUCCACCAUGGACCACGUCUUGAAGGAAUGAGACCAUCGUCAGUUGUUUUAAACAUGGACAGUAUGGCUCCCGAGUUCAUGCAGGCUCGCAGUAAUCUACCACCACAUUUAAACCUACAACAACAAUUUGAUUUACAACAGCAAUUGGCUAGUUUACAUGAUAUCAAUCAGAAUACCAAUGGUACCGCCACAAAUCCUCAAGAAGAACCUCCACCAUCACCAAAUGGUGGUUUAGAGAAUCAACUUGAUUGGCGUCUGUUUGUAUCCUGGUUACAGAACUCUGGCAUAUUUAUUAUUUUGUUAUUUCUGAAACUAAUGUAUGAUCACAGAUUGGGAGUUUUGAUUUUUUUAGCUUUAGGUGGAACAUUUUACUAUGUAAACCAAAAAUUAGUUGCCAGUAUUCAUCAGUGUUCAGUGAGGGAAUCUGGAAAUAAAAGAUAUCUUUUACAACUUGGGGGACUUGUUUUCUAUCUAUUCAUUAAUAUGGCUUUUGUUUAUUAUAUGUUUUCUGAUCAAGCGUUAUGGAAAUCAUUAAUAUUUAGAACACCUAAUGUAGCAGGGUUUGAUAUUUGGACCUUAUUAUGGGUUGUUUUAAUCAAUGAUUAUAUGAUUAAGUUUGCUACAGUCAUAAUAAAAGCCUUCAUUACUAUGAUACCUAGUCAGUUAUUAAAACACAGAAGAAGGGGGAAAUAUUACAUGUUUAUCGAAUAUUUAUCUCAAUGUUUCCGUCAAAUUAUACCGAUUAUUCCAUGGAUGCACUUUCUGUCUGAUGAUCAACAUACUGGGAAAUGGUUUGCAUCAUUUGAAGUUAUUGUAUAUUUAUUAUUUAAGGUUAAUAUUGUGUGGGCAUCCAUUAGAGAAUUACAAAAAGCUUUUCAGCGUCUACGUGUACAUACAGUAUUUGGUAGUAAACCAGGCUCAGAAGAUUUAAAACAAAGAGGUGAAAAUUGUCCAAUAUGCCAGGAUGAACUUAAAGAUGCUGUUAUGUUAACUUGUAAACACAUAUUCUGUGAAGAUUGUGUUUCUGUAUGGUUUGAUCGUGAGCGAACCUGUCCUAUGUGUCGAGCACAAAUAACAGAUAAUCCUAGUUUUCAAGAUGGCACCACAGUCAUGCACUUACAGUGGUACUGAUCACAGAAUAUUCAUUAUUUUUGUGUAUGCAACAAAAAAAAUAUAUAAAUUGCAAAAUAAUUUAAAAUGUUUUGCAUUCUUGAACUUGUACAGUGAUAUCUAAAUUUUUAAUGUGUUUGGAUCGAUAAAAACGUAUUAUUUAUCAGCUUUGAUAUCAUCACUGUGGGAGUUAAUUGAAGUGACUGGUGCAUGUUUUAAUUUCCUCUAAGAAGGAAAUUUCUGGGUUAAUGAACUGAGUAUAUAUAUAUUUAAGUGAUCUAAAAUUCCCAUGUCUUAUAUGGUUGUCACAGCAGAUUAUGGACAAGCAGGAAGUCUGGACUAUUUUAUUUUGUUUUGAAACUCAUUUUAUUGUUAACCUGGAUUAUCUAGCUUAAAGCUGAACUCCGAUUACAAAACUACAGGAAUAAUUAAAUAAAAAAAAAGGUAAUGCCCUAAACGAC